AUGGCCUCGAGGUCCCAUCUGUCCCGCCGUGGCCCCCUCUCCUCCACCCACUGUUUUGCCAGGUACUAUGAUCCUUCCAAGUGGUCGGUGCAGUUUGGGGAGCCGACUUCCAAGCCGACUGUCUGGAACCUUCGGGCCUACAUCCAUCGAUACACGGUGCGGGAUAUCAUUGCGAACCCCCGCUACAAUGGAAUUUUAUUCAGUGACAUAGCCCUGCCGACACUGGCCACCCCUGUCACCUACUCUAAGUACAUCCAGCCCAUCUGUGUCCUGUCGUCCACCUUCAUGUUCCAGCACCGGCCCGACUGCUGGGUGACCGGCUGGGGGUUACUCAGCGAGAAUGACACAUCUCUUCCACCUCCCUACAACCUCUGGGAAGUGCAGGUCACCAUCUUAAACAACACCAGGUGUGGCUACGUGUUCACACAGCCCUCUAGACGCAUUCCGAUCCACCAUUCCAUAUUUUGUGCUGGUGCUGAGGAUGGCAGCGUAGACACUUGCAAAGGUGACUCAGGUGGACCCUUGGUCUGUGACAAGGAUGGACUGUGGUAUCAGGUUGGAGUCGUUAGCUGGGGAAUGGGCUGUGGUCGGCCCAACCGGCCUGGUAUCUACACCAAUGUCCGUGUGUACUUCAACUGGAUCCAGAAGCUCAUGUCCUGCAGUACAAACAGGCCAGACCCCUCCUGGUUACUGCUGCUCCUUGCUCUGCUGUGGUCCCCCCAACUCCUGCAGCUGGUCUGA